AUGCAGACACAAGAAGAUCUCGAACCUACCGUUCGGAUACGCGAAUUAAAGAAAGAUCGCGUCAACUUUGUCCUUGGAAAUGUCGAUUUGGCUUUCGCCAAUUCUCUGAGAAGGGUGGUCAUGGCGGAUAUCCCCACAGUCGCUAUUGACAUGGUGGAAAUUGAGGUCAACACCACAGUGCUGCCAGACGAGUUCAUUGCACAUAGGUUGGGCAUGGUUCCUCUGAACAGUUCUAAUUGCGAAGAAGCUAUCAAGUAUACGAGAGACUGCACAUGUCUCGCGGGAUGCCCAUACUGCUCUCUGAUGUUGCACCUGAAUGUUGCAUGCCACGACGACAACACAAUGGAUGUGACAAGCGACCACCUCGAUUUAGUUCCUUUUCCAACAGAUCCGGAGCAGCAGAAUCCAGAACCCGGAGAAGAGCUUGCGCAGCGAGGGGAACUAUUUGGUCAACCAGUUGGGAAACACGAACCUGGUGUCCCACCGGUUCUCAUUUGUAAGAUUCGAAAAGGCCAGGAGCUCAAAAUGAAGUGCACGGCUAAAAAGGGCAUCGCGAAGGAGCACGCGAAAUGGUCACCUUGCUCUGCAGUCUCUUUUGAGUAUGACCCCCACAACAAGCUGCGACACACGACCCAUUGGUACGAGAAGAGUAUCAAGGAGGAAUGGCCGCUGAGUGAAAAUGCCUUGGAAGAAGAACCUCCACGCGAAGAUGAAGCUUUUGACUUCAACGCAAAACCAAACAAAUUUUAUUUCGAAGUGGAGACUGACGGUAGCCUGGGCCCGCAGGAAGUGGUCAUGCGGGGACUGGCGGAACUUCAGACAAAACUUGCGAAUCUUAUUUUGGGACUCAAAAAGCAGCCAGAUGGUGAGAUUCUGGCCAAUGACCCCCAAGUCAAUGGCCAUGUCCCAGCAGCAGAGCCAAGUUGGGCUGGUGGUGGUCAGCAGAGUGCCUGGGGUGCUGGGGCAUCGACGGGAGGUUGGCCGACAACCAGUCGUGGAAAUGCCAGUCAAUGGGGAUCCGGCAGUGACGGUGGUGCCACUAGUGGAUGGGCCAGAUCCGGGAGCGACGGUGGUGCCACCAGCGGAUGGGGCAGUGGUAGUGCCACUGCUGCCGCCACUACCACUGGGUGGGCAAGUCCAUCGCGUCAAACGAAUGGGUGGAAUUCAUAG